AGGAAAUUCAGCUUUAGCACCAAAAGCUUGCAAUUUCCUACCUCCUCCUCCUCCUCCCAUUAUCUCUCUUCCUCUUCAUCAAAGCUUGAUUAGAUUUCAUUCUCAUUACUUUCCUAUCCUAGAUAUAUCGUAUAUAUUUCUGUACAAGGGUUGUGAUCCAACGAAGGUGAACUACAUCGAAAAACCCGUCCUCAAUUUAUAUAAAAGUUUAUAAGUUUUGACACAUUUUUUCUCAAUCCAUUUUGAGUUUUUCCUCAUCUGGGGAUACCCAAAUCCUAUAUUGGCAAUCUCUUUCUGGGUUCUUCUUUUUGACAGAGUGAAUAAUGGAAUGCUCUAAUGGAAGCAAUAAUGACCAUGGAAUCAUGGAAGGACUUUGUGUCCAAGACCCAUUGAAUUGGGUUAUGGCUGCAGAGUCACUAAAGGGUAGUCAUUUAGAUGAAGUCAAGCGCAUGGUGGAUGACUAUCGGAAGGCGGUGGUCCGGCUAGGCGGCGAGACACUGACAAUAGCUCAGGUGGCGGCGAUAGCGAUGCGUGACACGGAGGUGAAGGUGGAGCUGUCGGAAGCGGCGAGGGCUGGAGUGAAGGCCAGCAGUGACUGGGUGAUGGAGAGCAUGAACAAAGGGACUGAUAGCUAUGGUGUCACCACUGGUUUUGGUGCAACUUCUCAUAGGAGGACCAAGCAAGGUGGAGCUCUGCAGAAGGAGCUUAUUAGAUUCUUGAAUGCCGGAAUCUUCGGCAACGGGACGGAAUCAAGCCACACGCUGCCUCACUCGGCCUCCAGGGCCUCCAUGCUGGUGAGGAUCAACACCCUCCUUCAAGGAUACUCUGGCAUUAGAUUUGAGAUCUUAGAAGCCAUUACUAAGUUGCUUAACCACAACAUCACCCCAUGCUUGCCCCUCCGCGGAACGAUCUCCGCCUCCGGUGACUUGGUCCCUUUAUCCUACAUUGCUGGGCUUCUAACGGGUAGGCCCAAUUCCAAGGCAGUUGGGCCUAACGGAGAAUCGCUUGAUGCAGCUGAGGCCUUCCAUCGGGCUGGUAUCGAUACUGGGUUUUUUGAGUUGCAGCCCAAAGAAGGCCUUGCACUAGUGAAUGGUACUGCUGUCGGUUCUGGCUUGGCUUCUAUGGUUCUUUUUGAGGCCAACAUUCUUGCCAUCCUCUCCGAAGUUUUAUCGGCCCUUUUUGCAGAAGUCAUGCAGGGAAAGCCCGAAUUUACGGACCAUUUGACCCAUAAAUUGAAGCAUCAUCCGGGUCAAAUUGAGGCUGCAGCUAUAAUGGAACACAUUUUGGAUGGAAGUUCCUAUGUUAAAGAGGCUCAGAAGUUACAUGAAAUGGACCCCUUGCAGAAGCCUAAACAAGACCGGUACGCCCUCCGAACGUCGCCCCAAUGGCUAGGUCCACAGAUCGAGGUCAUCCGAGCGUCGACCAAAUCCAUCGAAAGAGAGAUAAAUUCUGUGAAUGACAACCCGUUGAUCGAUGUUUCGAGGAAUAAGGCCUUGCAUGGAGGAAAUUUCCAAGGUACCCCAAUUGGUGUGUCAAUGGACAAUACCCGUCUAGCCAUUGCUUCAAUUGGAAAACUCAUGUUUGCACAACUUUCUGAGCUUGUCAAUGACUAUUACAACAAUGGAUUGCCUUCAAAUUUAUCCGGGGGACGUAACCCGAGCUUGGAUUAUGGGUUCAAAGGUGCUGAAAUCGCAAUGGCAGCAUAUUGCUCCGAGCUCCAAUUUCUAGCCAAUCCUGUGACGAACCACGUGCAAAGUGCAGAGCAACAUAACCAAGAUGUGAACUCAUUGGGCUUAAUUUCUUCGAGGAAAACAGCCGAGGCCGUGGACAUAUUGAAGCUCAUGUCUACCACUUUCUUGGUUGCUUUGUGCCAAGCCAUUGACUUGAGGCACUUGGAGGAAAAUUUGAAGGCGUCAGUGAAGAACACGGUUAGCCAAGUGGCCAAGAAAGUCCUGACCAUGGGCAACAACGGUGAGCUUCACCCAUCCAGGUUUUCCGAGAAAGACUUGCUCAAAGUCGUGGAUAGGGAAUACGUCUUUGCCUAUGUUGACGACCCUUGCAGUGCUACAUACCCAUUGAUGCAAAAACUAAGACAAGUCCUAGUAGAGCACGCGCUGAUCAAUGCUGAAACGGAGAAGAACCCGAGCACUUCAAUAUUCCAAAAGAUCGGUACGUUUGAGGAUGAACUAAAGGCCAUUUUGCCCAAAGAAAUUGAGAGCGCUCGUUGUGAUCUUGAGAGUGGCAAGCCAGCCAUUCCCAAUAGGAUCAAGGAGUGCAGAUCAAACCCAUUGUACAAGUUCGUGAGGGAAGAGUUGGGGGCUAGUUUUCUGACCGGUGAGAAGGUCCAAUCGCCCGGAGAAGAGUUUGAUAAGGUGUUCUCGGCAAUGUGUGCUGGGAAGUUGAUUGAUCCAUUGCUGGAUUGUUUGAAGGAGUGGAAUGGUGCUCCUCUUCCUCUAUGUUAA